GGUGCGACAGGAGGAGCUGCCGCCGCGGCCGCUGCGCCCCGCACCGAGAGCUCCGAGGCGGCUCCCGGCGUCGCCCUGAGGGAGCGGCUGAGGGAACAGAGUCCGGCGGGCGGCGGCGGCGGCCGGCGAGGGGAGCCGCGCCGAGGGCCCUCGCUCCCCGCCGCUCUCCAUGAGCCGGGCCGCCUGAGCCGCGCCUGCAGCCGGGCCGCGCCUCCAUGACUCCCUAGCUGCUGCUUUUCUCUCCGGUCCUCACCCCCCGCCCGGCUCCGGUCCCGCCUUCUCCCUCGGCCGCGCCGCCGGCCGCCUUCAGGUGCGGAGUCCCGAGCGGAGCGCCAUGGCGUCCAACCCCGACCGGGGGGAGAUUCUCCUCACCGAGCUGCAGGGAGAUUCCCGGACUCUUCCAUUUUCUGAGAAUGUGAGUGCUGUUCAGAAACUAGACUUUUCAGAUACAAUGGUGCAACAGAAACUGGACGACAUCAAGGAUCGAAUAAAGAGAGAAAUAAGGAAAGAACUGAAAAUCAAAGAAGGAGCUGAAAACCUGAGGAAAGUUACAACAGAUAAGAAAAAUUUGGCUUAUGUAGACAACAUUUUGAAAAAGUCAAAUAAAAAAUUAGAAGAGUUACAUCACAAGCUACAAGAAUUGAAUGCACACAUCGUUGUAUCGGAUCCAGAGGACUCUGCAGAUUGUCCGAGGACUCCAGAUACUCCAAAUAGUGAUUCUCGUAGUUCUACUAGCAACAAUAGAUUGAUGGCCUUACAGAAACAGCUGGAUAUAGAACUUAAAGUAAAGCAAGGUGCAGAGAACAUGAUACAAAUGUACUCAAAUGGCUCUUCAAAGGAUCGGAAACUCCAUGGUACAGCUCAACAACUGCUCCAGGAUAGCAAGACAAAAAUAGAAGUCAUCCGAAUGCAGAUUCUUCAGGCCGUCCAGACCAAUGAGCUGGCUUUUGAUAAUGCAAAACCUGUGAUAAGCCCUCUUGAGCUUCGGAUGGAAGAAUUAAGACAUCAUUUUAGGAUAGAAUUUGCAGUAGCCGAAGGUGCAAAGAAUGUCAUGAAAUUACUUGGCUCAGGAAAAGUAACAGACAGAAAAGCGCUUUCAGAAGCACAAGCGAGAUUUAAUGAAUCAAGUCAGAAGUUGGACCUUUUAAAAUAUUCACUAGAGCAAAGGUUAAAUGAACUCCCCAAGAAUCACCCCAAAAGCAGUGUCGUCAUUGAGGAGCUUUCACUUGUUGCGUCACCAACCCUGAGUCCACGACAGAGUAUGCUGUCCACGCAGAACCAGUAUAGCACACUGUCCAAGCCAGCAGCGCUGACCGGUACUUUGGAAGUUCGUCUUAUGGGGUGCCAAGAUAUCCUAGAGAAUGUUCCUGGACGGUCAAAAGCAACAUCCGUAGCACUGCCUGGAUGGAGUCCAAGUGAAAACAGAUCAUCUUUUAUGAGCAGAACUAGUAAAAGUAAAAGUGGAAGUAGUCGCAACCUCCUGAAAACUGAUGACUUGUCCAAUGAUGUCUGUGCUGUUCUGAAGCUGGAUAAUACUGUGGUUGGUCAAACUAGCUGGAAGCCUAUUUCCAAUCAGUCGUGGGACCAGAAGUUUACACUGGAACUAGACAGGUCACGUGAACUGGAAAUUUCAGUUUAUUGGCGUGAUUGGCGAUCUCUGUGUGCUGUAAAGUUUCUGAGGUUAGAAGAUUUUUUAGACAACCAGCGGCAUGGCAUGUGUCUCUAUUUGGAACCACAGGGUACUUUAUUUGCAGAGGUUACUUUUUUUAAUCCAGUUAUUGAAAGACGACCAAAACUCCAAAGACAAAAGAAAAUUUUUUCAAAACAACAAGGCAAAACAUUUCUCAGAGCUCCUCAAAUGAAUAUUAAUAUUGCCACUUGGGGAAGGCUAGUGAGACGAGCUAUUCCCACAGUAAAUCAUUCUGGCACAUUCAGCCCUCAGACUCCUGUGCCUGCUACAGUGCCAGUGGUUGAUGCACGCAUUCCUGAACUAGCACCUCCAGCCAGUGAUUCUACAGUAACCAAAUUGGACUUUGAUCUUGAACCUGAACCUCCUCCAGCCCCACCACGUGCUUCUUCCCUUGGAGAGAUAGAUGAAUCUUCUGAAUUGAGAGUUUUGGAUAUACCCGGACAGGGUUCAGAAACUGUUUUCGAUAUUGAGAAUGACAGAAAUAACAUGCGUCCAAAAUCCAAAUCUGAAUAUGAGCUUACCAUUCCUGACUCAGGUCGAAGCUGUUGGGGUGUUGGAGAGCUUGAGGACAGGAGAUCUCAACAGAGAUUUCAGUUCAGUCUACAAGACUUCAGGUGCUGUGCUGUCUUGGGCAGAGGACACUUUGGAAAGGUGCUGUUGGCAGAAUAUAAACACACAAAUGAAAUGUUUGCAAUAAAAGCCUUAAAGAAAGGAGACAUUGUGGCACGAGAUGAAGUAGACAGCCUGAUGUGUGAAAAACGAAUUUUUGAGACUGUGAAUAGUGUGAGGCACCCGUUUCUAGUGAACCUUUUUGCAUGUUUCCAAACAAAAGAGCACGUUUGCUUUGUGAUGGAGUACGCUGCAGGUGGGGACCUGAUGAUGCACAUCCACACUGAUGUCUUCUCCGAACCCAGAGCUGUAUUUUAUGCAGCAUGUGUAGUUCUUGGGUUGCAAUAUUUACAUGAACACAAAAUUGUUUAUAGAGAUUUGAAGUUGGAUAACUUGUUGCUAGAUACAGAAGGCUUUGUGAAAAUUGCUGACUUUGGUCUUUGCAAAGAAGGAAUGGGCUAUGGAGAUAGGACAAGCACAUUUUGUGGUACUCCUGAAUUUCUUGCCCCAGAAGUAUUAACAGAAACAUCAUACACAAGGGCUGUAGAUUGGUGGGGCCUUGGCGUCCUUAUCUAUGAAAUGCUCGUCGGAGAGUCUCCCUUCCCUGGUGAUGAUGAAGAAGAGGUUUUUGACAGUAUUGUAAAUGACGAAGUAAGGUAUCCAAGGUUCUUAUCUACAGAAGCCAUUUCCAUAAUGAGAAGGCUGUUAAGGAGAAAUCCUGAGCGGCGCCUGGGAGCUGGUGAGAAAGAUGCAGAGGAUGUAAAGAAGCACCCAUUUUUCCGGCUAACCGACUGGAGUGCUCUAAUGGACAAAAAAGUAAAGCCACCAUUUGUUCCUACCAUUAGAGGACGGGAAGAUGUUAGUAACUUUGAUGAUGAAUUUACCUCAGAAGCACCUAUUCUGACUCCACCUCGAGAACCAAGGAUCCUCUUGGAAGAGGAGCAGGAGAUGUUCCGCGACUUUGACUAUGUUGCUGAUUGGUGUUAAGUUUCUGGACACUGUGAGACCAAGCAGACUGGCCGACAAGACAACCUCUUGAAAACAGCAGCCCUGCAUUUGCUUUCUGUGCCACCAGGAGCUUCUGAGGUUAUAUAAAGCACACGAAGAUGCGGUUACAGUACUGUUUUAUACCUUAAUGUUUUCAACAUAAAUCUGAACACUGGAAGCAGUUUGAUGGAGUUUAGGCUGAGUGAACAUUGGCCAUGGAAAUCCAUUACAAAUAAAUACUUUUACAUCAAUACUCUGUUUUUAAAAAGAAGAAGAAGAACCACUCUUUUUAUAGUCCUCAUCCUUGCCCUAGGCCUGCCUUAAGUGGAUGGAAGAUUAAUCACUUAACUGUAUUUUAUAAAAGAAAAGCAGGGCUUUGGAUGCUAUUACUGGUCAUAUAAAAAGUGUGAUUCUGUUUGACCAAGGCAAGUAUUUUUUAAGAAAUCACUAUAAUAUGAAAAAAUAUGGCAGUUUGUACACCUUUGGUGGCUUGAUUUAAAGAAAAAAAAUGAGAAUGUAUUGAUGUCUAGUUUGAUGAAUUUUCUAUAUUUAUCAGGAGAACACUUUAUUGCCUUAACUUUACCAACCAUGUAGCAGAACCUCAUAGCUUUCCAGCAGAGCUACCUGCCAGCAAGCUUUGUUUAUUAAACAAUGCUGCAAACAGAUAGGAACAUCAGCAUUUACUUAACAUUAACAAUGAGGAUGGACUUCUGAGCAGCUGGAACCAAGAUACCAUGCUAACUGUAUGCAUUCCCAAGUCGGCGCCGUGGAGGAUGUUCAGUCGGGUCUUCCAAAGUCAGUAAACCUCAUUAAUUAACCCUUUAUCGACAUGCAUUCUACACGCAUUUCAACCUAGACAUCUUGUUCUUGUGUCUGCUGUAGAAGGGAACUCUAUCUUUGUUAAACCAUAGAGAUUAUCAUGGUAUACAUGCUGUGAACAUGUAUAUGUACAAGUUGUAAUGUAUUCUGUGUUGUAGGCAUAUUAUUUAAUUUCACCAUGUCAUCACUUUUGUACAGUGGCCAAGCAGACACCUCCAACUCCAGCAUUUCCAUUGAGUGCGUUUGUACAUUUUAGGCCGCUGGAUCCAGAUUUUAUAUUGGCAGUUACUGAGGGCAAAAGCAAUAUAUUGUAACAGAAUGUAUAAAUAUUUUUGAUAAAACAGUCUAUAUUUUAUAAAAAGUUAUUAUAACACUAAAGCUGUACCUCAAAAGUCUCACAAAUAAUUUGAUCAAAUACUCUACACAUCCUCAGAGGAUCCGUUCAUGGCUUUUUAUCGCUCUUAUCAUAUGCCUUUUUGCAAAUCAUGACCUUCACUGGGCUGAUUUUUUUUUAGGCUUUUGUUUGUUUUCACUUUUUUUCUCCUAGCCUAUAUCACUCCAUUGUUCUCCCUCAGUUCAGUAAUAUUAUUGAUAACUCUGUGCGUAGCAUGUUAGGGCCAUGAUACCUCAGGAACAGCAAAUUGGUAACUAACAACACUUGAAUUAACCACGUAAUCACAGUAAGCUCAUCUCUUACAGUCGUCCAAAUCUGAGUCAGUGAGAAACAGGAAAGCACCAAAUACUUGAAGAGUUGAGCUUGAAACAGCUUUGCUGAGAUACAUUGUACUCUGAGAAUGAUUAAAAUUGUCCAGAGAUACUUUAUAUUACCUUCCAAAUUCAUUAUUAUUUUUAUCCCAAGAUCGUUUGGAAGAAAAUUUUCUAAAAAGAGGAGCAAUAUGUUGCUGUGAGUUGCUUUAAAAUGCCAGUUAAUUGCCUUGGAAAAGAACAAUAGAAAAAAAUAGCAUAAUUGUCAAGCUUUAAUUUAAACAGUGUUAACACAGUCUGAAAAUAAAACACUAACUACUUUUGAGGUACAGUCUGCUUACCUUUGUUGGUUCUGAAAUAUGCAUAGAAGGCAACAUUUCAAAUGGGCUUUUAGCAUUAAAAACUGACAUAGAGUUAUAUACACAGUGUACAAAAAUUUUUUUAAUUGAAGUCAAUCACUAAAAAAUUUAGAGGUCAGGGCAUAGUCACACAAUUAUGCUGAAAAAAAGCACUCAUUUUUCUGUAGUUUAAAAUAUAUAUAUAUAUUUUAGCCAGAUUUUAAAUUUUAAGAGUGUAAAUAGAUUUUGCUAUUACUGUAUGUGUAUUGACUGCUCAAGCACUUUGUAAGGGAAGCGGAUACUUGAGAAUGGUACCCUAUGCAUCCAAAUGAAAUGUGCCUUUACGUCAUUCAAAGAAAAAGGGGGUUUUGCAGUCAUAAAUUACUACAAAUGCACAAAUUAAAGUUUAAAAUAGAUUGAAAUUUGUAACUUUGGUUUUAAGUUUUCAUUCCUGUUAGAAUUUUCCUGUUAGAAUAUUUUGUGUUAAAAUAAUUGGCUAAAGAAGUUGGCUCUACUUUGUUCAAGGUCUUGAGAAAAUUAUUUUUAGCUAGCUUUCUGUUUAUCCUGGGGAAGGCACAUUGUCCACUUCACUUGAAAUAAUGGGGAGAUUCCAUGUUCUAGUUCUGUACUCCACAGUGUCUUCCACCCGUGCAUAGAAUGCCCUUUGUCACUAGACACCGAGACCAGCAAAGUUGCCAGAAGGACUAAGAAGCAAGCGUGCUAAUGGUAAAGUAUGAGCAGUGUUGACACGGGAGCUUCCUCUUGUUAGAGCAGUGCUUCUCAUCCUGGGGGUCAGAUGGCCACUUCGCAGGGGCUGCAUAUCAUAUGCCUAUGUUGCAAUUUAUUAUAGUAGCAAAAUUACAGUUAUGAAGUAGCAACAAGAUAAUUUCAUAGUCGACAGUCACCACAACAUGAGGUUUUACAUAUUAUAGGGUCAAAGCAUUAGGAAUUUUGAGAACCACUGUGUUAGAGGAUAACAUUUUAGUAUUGGAUCUGACAUUUGAGAAAUUUGGCAAAUUAAUAAAGCAGAAUG